AUGAUUGAUUGGACUUGGCUUUGGCUAGUCGGUGAAAUUGGUAUAUCGUAUGGAUUUUAUCGAUGGUGGAGAUCAAAUGAUCAAUUCUUGGCUGUUUUAGAGUUGGCACCCGAUAUUGAUAUAGAUGAUUUAAAACAGUUCUCAUCAUCAAGAACUUUUAUCGAUUAUGCAGCCAUCCAUGGAAUCGUCCGAACAAAUGAUUCGAAGCCAAGUUCAGUACUAACAUCUCAAUAUCUUCCCCAUUGUCUAGGUGUUGUUCGACGGGUAGUUUUACGUGAAAAAAAAUUAGAAAAAUUUCGUGAUUCUUGGACUGAAACAUAUAAAACUAUUAGUGAUGUAUCACAUUACAUACCUUUCAGACUUAUUUCACCAUCAGAAAACUAUAUUCGUAUCGAUCAACCAUUAAAAUUUAGUUCAGUGGUAAAUCAAUUACAAGUAACUCAUGUAAAAUUUGAACCGAAUACUACAUCUGCCAUGCAGAAAUUGGUUGAUACUUUUAUUGGAGAUCUAUCAAAAGGUAUUGAAACAAGAGAGGAAAUGUUAUUAGUCGAUAGUUCAUUAACCGGUGUGGGUAGUCUUGAAAAACAGUCGAAUGGUAUUUGGUGUCUUGUUCCACAUAAAACAUGGGGUGGAAUAUUAACACGAUCAUCGCGCGCUGAAAUCAUUUCUGAAUAUCGUGAUCGCUCCUAUUAUGUUCGAAUUUUUAGUAUAUGCUUUGGCAUAGCUACUAUUGGUACAGCUAUUUAUCUAAUACAUAAAUACUAUUUCACAAAUCGACGACAAACAAAUCGUUUACCAAAUAUUUUACCAGUCAAUAAUGACCAUGCAACCGAUGAUCACACUAAUGCUCGGCUUCAAUGUGUUAUAUGUUUAGAAAAUGAAAUUAUGUAUAGUCUUCAACCAUGUUCCCAUUUGGGCUUAUGCCAUUUAUGUGCACAAACUUUACAAGCAAGAAAUCGCGGCGAAGAAUUAUGUCCACUUUGUCGUACGCCUAUUCAAGAAUAUCAACGUAUUUUUUUACCAUAG